AUGACGUUCCCGACACCCGACGCGGUCCCUCUCGAGGAAGACAGUAGGAUGUCAAGACGCAUGAAGGCAAACAUGGAAAAUGACUGGGGAUCUACUGUAGUCACAGAACAGACGGCCGGAAGGUUUCUGGCAGCGCUACGAGAAGCAAGCCCAGGGAACAUCUACUGGCCCCGAAAUAUGAUGACCGAAGAAGACUAUCAGCAAACGGUAUCUUAUUUUGACCUUGUUCCUUUACUCCAAACCGUGCAUCAACGCAAUGCAUAUGCCUGGCUAGCAAUCGAGGUCUUGACCCCUACCUGGCAAGACUAUCUCUUUCCAGAUCUUUCCAACGUCCUCUCUAUCACACGGCCACCGGAAGUUAGGGUUGGAUCCGAUCAGAGCAAGCACACGGCGCCUUUUCGUCCGACCUUAUACAAACCAGAUUCACUGCCCGCGAGCGCUGAGCUUUGCAACGACUUACCUAUGGCGAUCAGGGUGGAACUCGAACAAAUCGUUGGCCAAUCCGCCCGUCAACAAGCGAAAAUUUCUUCAUCAGCUGCAGAAUCAGUUCAUUCAGUUUUACAGCAAGACGAUCUUUUCGUGAAAGAAAGCGAUCUGAGUGUAACCAUUGGGUAUAUCCGUCGAGCAAUUGGAGCCCUCAGUCGGGCUCUAUUUGAGGACGCAGUUCCUCUCACUUUCUCGACUGAGCAAAGAACCGAUGACGGCAAUGUGCGCACCGACGGUGUGUUUUGGCACCGAACCGGCGAGCCCCUCAUCCUGUGGGAGACCAAAAGCCCAAGCGCCGGCGAAAAACACAUGAACACAAUGGUAUCUUCUCAGUCUAUCACUUUCUCGAGAGAUCAAAUGCAAUGGGAGAAUGAACAUGCUAUUCUUGCUAAGCUGGCUUGGCACGCUAUGGAUGCUGAUAUGAAGCCUCCGUGGGCCGUUAUCUUCGCUGGACGAGUUUACAUGAUUGUUCACAUUUCGUAUCGCGUCGACAACAAUAAUCAUUUACGUCCAAUUCUUCGAUAUUCCCCGAUGAUUCCAGUAUACGACAGCAAGUUACCCAUCUGGAGUGCGCUACUCUACAUGGUGAGACCAGACCAAUCCAAUGGGGCACGCUCGCUCGAGGAUAUUUUGAAAGUCCCAGCGAAUGGCGAUUUACCUUGCCAUGGCCCAUCCAAGUCCAGAAGAUCUGGCCCGACAUCCACCUCGAUUGAAGCCUCUGAUGGCCUCUCAGUGCGCACUGAGGACUCUUUUACCAUUUAUAUGUCCCGUGCAUCCGAUUUGUCGUCGACUGUUUCGGAGCCGAUGCUUCCUUUUGAACUUCUGCUUACUGGCAAACCUCGGCAAGGUGGAAGUGGACAGGUGUAUCGCAGCACCAGUUCAUAUGUUCUCAAGCUCGCUUAUCGAACGCAGACAUCGAAGAAUAUGCUUUUUGAGGAGUUCAACUGGUAUCGCCUACUUGCUUCCGCUGGUGUCCAAGGCAUAUCGCAUUGUCAUGGACUAUUUCGUUCCGCCGAUAAUCUAGCGCUCGUAUUGGAUUAUGAAGGAGAAGAGUUGCUUGAUUUUGAUAAGCUCAACUCUGAUCAAAAGAAACAUCUUUACCGAUUUUGA